AAUACGUGUUUGGCUAAAUGCCGCGAUGCGCAGACCGAUCGUAGAACGACGUCAGUACCGCGAGAGCAGAUUGUCCCGAACACUUGCUAAUCGCCUUUGACACAUGCCUCGAACACGCAUGUUGUGUGCUUGCAGAAGAUAUUAUUUCGUCCUAUAUUUCAGCGUUUUUUUACGUUUUACACAACUCCCAAAGACCACAGUCGCAAUUCCUAUGUUCUGGCGCGGAGCAUCUUGGAUGUAAUGUAACGAUAAGCGUCUCCUUGAAGUUGCAUUGCAGCCGAAAAAAAUGACUUCCGGGAGUGACAAUGUCAUCCGUUUUAAUCAGUUUAAAAAUAAAGGAAUAGACGCUAAUAAAUUAAGACGAAGAAGAUUCGAGUUCAACGCGGAGCUCCGAAAGGCGAAAAAAGAUGAUCAGAUAUUUAAAAGGAGAAAUGUGAGCUGUGUUUCAGAUGAUGCCGUCUCACCAUCGCAAGAACACAGUCAGAAUGCACAGCAUUGGACUCUCAAGGAUAUUGUAUGGGGUAUAAACAGCCAAACUAUGGAGUAUCAGUUACAAGCCACAUAUGCAGCAAGGAAGCUUUUAUCACGAGUAAAGAAUCCUCCAGUGGACCAGAUUGUGGAUGCUGGCCUUGUUGCUAAAUUUGUGAGUUUGCUGGAAUUGUCUGAGUGUCCUGCCAUUCAAUUUGAGGCUGCUUGGGCUCUGAAUAAUAUCGCAUCUGGGACCACUGAGCAGACAAAAGCUGUAGUCGACGGAGGUGCAAUCCCAGCUUUCAUUAGUCUGAUUUCCUCUCCUCAUCCUCACAUCAGUGAACAGGCCAUUUGGGCACUUGGGAACAUAACAGGUGAUAGAGCAGCAUACAGAGAUGAAAUAAUCAAGCAUGGUGGCAUUUUUCACCUUCUGUCACAUCUUAGCAUCCCUGACUUGUCUAUUUUUACACCCACCUACCUGAGGAAUGCCACUUGGACUCUCUCUAACCUGUGCCGAAAUAAAGACCGUGCCCCGCCAAUGCCUGCAGUUAAGCAGAUGCUGCCUGUACUGCUCCGUUUGCUUCACCACAGUGACAGAGAAGUGCUUUCUGACACAUGCUGGGCAGUUUCAUACCUAACUGAUGGCCAAAAUGAGCGGAUUGAGCUGGUUGUUCGUGCUGGUCUUGUGCCUCGUUUGGUGCAACUUCUAAGUUGUGGGGAUACUGAAAUUGUGACUCCAUCACUAAGGGCGGUGGGUAAUAUAGUGACAGGUACAGAUGAGCAGACCCACAGUGUGUUAAAUGCUGGUGCUUUGGCUGCUUUCCCUUUGUUACUGCGUUAUCAUAAACUCAGCAUUCAGAAGGAGGCAGCAUGGACUCUGUCUAACAUCACUGCUGGAAAAGACGCACAGAUUCAGCAGGUUAUCAAUGCAGGCCUAGUGCCUCCGCUUGUGGAGCUCCUAACACAGGGAGACUUCAAGACACAGAAGGAGGCAGUAUGGGCAAUUACAAACUACACAAGUGGUGGAACAGUGGAUCAGAUUGGGUAUCUUAUUCAGUGUAAUGUUAUUGUGCCAUUACUCGACUUACUGUCAGCCAAAGAUAUCAAGAUGAUCUUGGUUGUCCUGGAUGGCAUUUCCAAUAUUUUCAUGGCAGCAGAUAAGACUGGAGAAGCAGAAAGAUUGUGUCUAAUGAUAGAGGAGUGUGGUGGAUUGGACAGGAUUGAAGCUCUGCAGACACAUGAGAAUGAGAUGGUCAACAAAGCUGCUCUCAGCUUAAUUGAGAAGUACUUUGGCAAGGAGGUGAAGAAGAUAAAUCCAUUGGUCUAGGAACCACCUCUGAGGAUAACACAAUCCAGUUUGCUGAUAACAGAAGCACUUUCAACUUUUACCUUUUUUUACUGACCUACUAUGUUUAUUAGAAGUUAUUAGAAUUAUAUAAGUAUUGAAUGUAUGAAGGGACCUAUUGUUUAUUUUUGUUUUAGGGCCCAAGCCCUGAUUUACUCAAGAUUUCAACCGAAACGGUCAUUUAGUUAACUUAUUGAGUGAAUAACGUCUUGAGAGGCUUUAAAUAGCAAAAAAGUAUUUUCAAGGUGUCAUGUUUUUCUCAAAAACAUAAUAGUGAGGUAUUCAUUUAUUUAAAGCGACAACACACACUGUUUUUAUUUAGUCAGUUUGUCACUGCAGUAUUUAUCCAAAAAUAUUUGUUGACACUGCAAAAAAAGAACAUUAACCCAGUGUUUAGUAACGUACAGUGUGAGAUGUCAGGUUACGAAUACCCAUGGCUAUCUCUUAACCCCUGGUCAUUUAUUUAGUUUCAGCAGUGUGAAACAUGAAACGCAUAACACAGGAUUCUGUUGGUUAGCGUGAAAUUAACCAACACGUUAACUUCAAACGUCAAGUGUGAAGACAAAAAGACAGCAUGUUCAAAUUGCACAGCUGUACAUAUUCAAGCACAAACAAAUAUUAUGCAGAAACGUUGUAAAAAUCUAUUUUUUUAUGUAAAAUAAAUAAAUUAUAUUGUCAGACACAGAUUAGCAUUUACACACUUGACACAAGUUUACUAUUUUCUAUUAAAGUUGUGUUAUUUUGAGAAUACAUUUGAAACAAUAUGAGUAUAAACUCUUGUACUGUUUUUUGAGAAUAAAGUUAUUUUGUCAGACAGUUAA